AGGGUGAUAACUUUGGAGUGAAUUAUCCUGCGCGAGAGAUGUGUGCUUUGAGAGGAUCCUCUGUGGUCAUACCCUGUACAUAUUAUUAUCCUGAAAAGUACAAUGGCACAACUUUAACUGUAGUAACUGUAAAGUGGUUCAGGAGUACUACUCCUGAUGCUGUUGAUUCAAACACAUACGUGUAUCACAGCACUGGAACCAAUGUGAGCACUGAAUAUAAACAGCGGACAGAGUAUCCGGAGAACAAAGUUAAGAACUGCACGCUAAAGAUACGUGAUCUGAAAAGCAGCGACACGGGCAGAUACUGUUUUAGAUUUGAAACAAAUCACCAUUCUGCUAAAUGGACUGAUGUCACUGGAGUGUCCCUUUCAAUAAGAGAGCCCAAGGUUACCCUGGACCAUCCUGGUCCAGAUAAUACUGUGAAAGAAGGCUCUUUAGUUUCCCUGACCUGUAGCUUUGUCCACUGCAACCUGAGGGAGAGCAGCAUUGUCUGGUACAAGGAGGGGCAGCCAAUCGGGAACGAGAAAUCAACCAAACUUCAGUUUAAUGUUUCCUAUGAGGAUUCUGGAAAGUACGGCUGUGCUUCUGCUGAGAACAGCAGCAUUAAAUCUGAAGAAAUCAACUUGAUUGUGAAAUCCAGAAUAACAAAUGAAGGAAUGAAAACUAUUCUGAUGGCAGUGGCAGCUUCCAUAGCCUUUGGAAUUCUAAUGCUAGGGAUCAUCGUUUUCAUCAAGAGGAGGAAUGGACCAUCAAUCGGAGAAUAUUUCAACAAAGCAGAAAGCCAGGACAGGACGGAUAACAUUUCGAACACUGUGGGAGAUUCAAAUCUCGACCGAAACGAGCCCAUUCAGCAGGCUCCAGCAAGCGAAGAUGACCUCCAAUACACAACCAUUCAAUUCCAGCCCAAGAGCCCAGAGCGGAAAAAGCACCAAGAAGAGGAGGAUGCUUCUGUAAUCUAUAGCACUGUGGCAAAACCAGCCAAUAACAUGUAAUGCAGAGACCUCAAUACAGACCCAGUGUGCUCCCUCAAUACAGACCCAGUGUGCUCCCUCAAUACAGACCAAAGUGUGCUCUCUGUAUGUCUUACACAUCAUUACAAUGUUAUUAUGCUGUGGCCGGCUGGCGAGUGG